UGUAUGUAUGUAUGUUUAUUUGAUAAACGCGAUGACGGCACUCCACUUCCUGUCCGCCGGGCUCUCGGGUCCGUUAGGCUUAAGACGGGAUCACCAACACGUGGAAUGUACGUUGGUGAUGUUAUUUGACACUCCCCUUGCAUUUGAUAGGGGGCGGCUUGCGGUUCCGCGAUCCCGGCAGCCAUGGAUUUAUUUCACAGCCGUCAGUCUGGUCCUGCCUAGACACAAUACGCUAUGGCAAAUAUUGUAGGCGGUGAUCAGGGUUGUUGAGGAAUACCUGGAGAAGUUUGAUGAUAAUCGGGGCAUUAACAAGGGGGAAGACGGGGACACGAGAUCCACCUUUGUAUCUGUGAAGUGGAAAAGCUGAUGUUGGCUGGUUGAGAGUUACGUAUGUGCAUAUAUGCAUACAUAAGAAUACGAGAGGCAAUUAUUAUUUUCUGGAUAUUUCUUUUGUAGGUAUGUAGAUGAUCUUUUGUAGAGGAUCUUUUAUUUUUAUUUUUUUACUCUCUCUCUCUCUCUCUCUGUCUCUUCUUCUUGACCGUUGUGUGAGGUUUAAU